AUGUAUGCACAAAGCUGGUCGUCAGACAGAGCACUCGAUCAGCUAGCUCAACACCACCUCGACCCGCCCGCCAUGGAUCAUCAACAAGAGGAGAAGGUGCAGCUGUUGGGCAUGUGGGCAAGCCCCUACGUGUACAAGGUGAAGUGGGCGCUGAGCAUCAAGGGCGUGGAGUACGAGUACGUGGAGGAGGACCUGAGGAACAAGAGCAGCCAGCUCCUGGAGCACAACCCCGUCCACAAGAAGGUCCCCGUGCUCGUCUACAACGGCAAGCCGGUGGCGGAAUCCGAUGUCAUCGUCGAGUUCAUCGAGGACGCCUGGAAGGGUCGUGGCGGCCGCAUCCUCCCCGAGGAACCCCACGAGCGCGCCAUGGCCCGGUUCUGGGUGAGGUUCGUGCCAGACAAGCUCUCGCCGCCAAUCUGGAAGUGGUUCACGACGGCGAGAGGAGAGGAGCAGGAGGCCGCGCGCAAGGCCGCCAUGGAGCAGCUGCGGGUCCUGGAGGAAGAGCUCGCCCUCGGCGGGAAGGAGUUCUUCGCCGGGGACAGCGUCGGCCUCGUCGACCUGUCGCUCGGCGCGUUGGCGUACGUGAUCCCGAUGUACGAGGAGAUCAUCGGCGAGAAGCUGGUCACCGAGGAGAUGUUCCCGUCGCUGUACGCAUGGAUGGGGCGGUUCUUGGUUGCGCCGCCGGUGAAGGAUCACCUGCCGCCGAUGGAGGAGCUGAAACUCAGGUUCCGAGCCAUGCGUGAAUACUUUGUAAAGAACUCCGCCUAGAACAGGCCCUACUCUCUCUCUGCAUCUUCAGUUAAACUUCCACGCGAUAGAACAAGUAUAUAUAUAUAAUGUAUGAAAUGAAAGUUUUGUGAAGUGCCCAGGAUUCGUGUCUUCAGCGAAAUUUUACAUAAUACUCCCGAA